UAGGCACUGAAGAGGGCUGCAACAUCUCUUGCUAGGCUGGCUGAUUCAGCAAGGGAGGAGCUUCCUAGUACUAUGGCUGCAAUCAGAUUGUCAGGAAUGGAAAUUAGUGAUCUCACUUUGGAGCUGAAUGAAUUGAGCGAAGAGAUAGCUAAUGGAGUUAACAAAUCAGCACAAGCAGUGCAAGCUGCAGGAGCUGGGGUCAGACAAAUUGGUGCUUUAGCCCGCCAACGGACUAUCUCAAUGAUACAAGAAAGAGCGAACCUGCCUGAAAUUUCCCUGCGGCCCAUGCUUGCAGGCGCUGCAAGGAAAACUUCUGAUGCUGUGGGACGAGCCGGGAAGAAAUUUUUGCAUUUUCUCUCUGGAGGAGAGCAAGAUGGUAAGGAAUUGAUCUCUGAUGAGGCUGAAUGUUGAAAAUUUUUAAGAAUAUUUACAUAUAUACCACUCAAUUCC